CCGCCGCCCCUCUCUCAGCUUCGCACUCCAUUUUCCUCCCGCCGCCGCCGCCGCCGCAGCCGCAGCAAGCCAAGCUCGCCGGUCGCCAUGGCCCGGAUCAAGGUGCACGAGCUGAGGGGGAAGAACAAGGCGGAGCUGCAGGCCCAGCUCAAGGACCUCAAGGCGGAGCUCUCCCUCCUCCGCGUCGCCAAGGUCACGGGCGGCGCCCCCAACAAGCUCUCCAAGAUCAAGGUGGUGCGCACCUCGAUCGCGCGCGUGCUGACGGUGAUCUCGCAGAAGCAGAAGGCGGCGCUGAGGGAGGCGUACAAGAAGAAGAGCCUGCUGCCGCUCGACCUCCGCCCCAAGAAGACCCGCGCCAUCCGCAGGCGCCUCACCAAGCACCAGCUCUCUUUGAAGACUGAGAGGGAGAAGAAGCGUGAGAAGUAUUUCCCCAUGAGGAAGUAUGCUGUUAAGGCUUAGUUUACUAGACACAUGUUUUACCAGUCAAGUUUUGCCCAAUUGCCUGAAUUUGAUGUUUUGUGUGGACAUCCGUUGUCACCUAAGUACAAUGUAUUUGAUCUACUGCAUGAACUGCGUACUGUCUCUCCUUUGUGCGUCGUGAUUUGGUUAGCCAGUCAGUGUUGAAAUGUGAUGGUUAGCUUAUAUGACAGGAGUUUCGACUAAACAAAGAUAACAUGGUUCAGCUUA